UGAUGAGAAGUUGUUGGAAGGAGAAAGAUCUCUGUAACUCAAAGAAAAGAGAGCGCAGGAGAGAAGAAGACACAUCCAGCGUGUGCCUGAGUAGACAUCCAGAGAGUGCAGAGCUACUGCAGGAUGUCACCGCAUGUGACAAGUCUCACCAGCCUGUGCCUGCAGAACAUCGCAGAGAACAUGGAGAGCGUCUGGAUGACGGACUACACCGACAAGUACAUGGAAAAGUACAACUUCAUGUACAUUGAGGGGCCCUUCAACCAGCUGGCCGGGCCCCUGGUGCAGGAGCUGAUCCGAAUCCUCGGAGACUCCCAUAAGUUGACUAAGGCCGGACUCCAUCUGCUGCUCCAUCCUCACCUGACAGAGCUGAGCCUCCGCUCGUGUGCUGGACUGGUCAAUAAAGCCAUGGUGCAGCUGGUGACCAUGCGCUGUAAGUUCCUGACGUCUCUGGACCUGCACUCCUGUAACCGUGUCCCUGCCGCCUCCCUGGCCUCGCUGGUGGAGCGUUUGCCUCGUCUCCAGAAGCUCUGCCUUUCAGACACCCAGAGCGAUUCCCUCGUCCUGGUCGCCAUUGGUACGUUUUGUCAGAGGCUGCGUGAGCUGGACGUCUCCCGAUGUAAGAAAAUCUCCCCGUCCUCCCUGCUUUCCUUGGUUUAUAAUGUCAGAAGUGGCCAGUUCUGCUGCCAGCCUCUGCGAGUGCUGCUCCUGCAGGACGUAAUGCCGCAGGGUGACCCAGAGCAGUGGGUCUACGCCUUAUGCUUUAUAUUACUGGCCCUUCCCAGCAUCGAGCAGCUCACCAACCCUUAUCUGGCCGAUGCCAUGAGCCUUCUAUAUCAAAGGAACUUCAGCACAGCAGGGUUCCCUCCUAAAGACUUUCCCUCUUUGGCUGAGGUCGCCAGAAGCAGGCCCAGGAGGGAGAGAAAUGGAGCGGUCAGGAUGGAGGACGUGAGGACUGCCGCUCAGGACACCAUGCUAUGCCUGAAGAAGCUCGAAGACCUUGAGGAGGAGAAUGUGUCUACACUGGGAUCUCUGUGCCUAGGCCUGCAGGAGGUCACCAUUUCUCUCGGAAAUCAGACUGAACGUUCUUGGAGUCUUCUCCAAUGGCCAAACCUCACCCACCUGACCCUGCACUGUCCAGAACAUCCCCAGAGGAAGCUGGAGGAGAUCCUGAGCAGCAUCCAUCCCAUCAGUCAAAGCCUGCGCCUCCUAUCUCUGCAGAAUCUGCUCUGGUGUCACGAGGACUCCUUGUCCACCCUGUUGACCUUGUGUCCAAACCUUCAGAGCUUUCAGAGUCACGUUACUGUGGUCCACCGUACUGUCUUACACAAUGCUCCUGAGCUUCGUCCCUGGCCAGGCACCCCUCUGCCGUUACCUCACCUGCACACCUUCAGCCUGCUCCUAGAGGGAGAAGAUGCCUUGCCGCCCAUCUUUCAGCAUAAACUUGGGGGUCUCUUGGUAUCUCUCCUGAAGGGGAGUCCUAAACUGGAGUCUCUGUCACUCUAUAGGAUCCCUGCUCUCCUUGAUGCGGUGUUUGAGGUAGUUUAUGGGUCACAAGAGUCUGAGCCUCUGCGGAGACUUCGGGAGGUGUCACUAUGCAGCUGCAACAUCACCCAGUGGGGGGCGUCCCUAAUACUGAGGGCCAAGAACGACCUAAAGACUCUGGACUUGUCUCAUUGCAAGGACGUGACAUGCAGAGACUUCCACCAUCUGCAGGAGAGGGUGCAAAGGGACAAGCGGAGCGUUAACAUCACAUGGCAGUGACAGCGGGCCCUGGGGGCCCAGAACAGCAGCCUUGUGGCUCUUAUGUAUGUACGGCGGUCUGCUCUCAGGAAGAGAUAGGUGACAUCAUAAUGAUGGGGUGCGGUGACAUCAUAAUGAUGGGGUGCGGUGACAUCAUAAUGAUGGGGUGCAGUGACAUAAUGAUGGGGUGCAGUGACAUAAUGGUGGGGUGCAGUGACAUCAUAAUGAUGGGGUGCAGUGACAUCAUAAUGAUGGGGUGCAGUGACAUAAUCAUGGGGUGCAGUGACAUAAUCAUGGGGUGCGGUGACAUCAUAAUGAUGGGGUGCAGUGACAUCAUAAUGAUGGGGUGCAGUGACAUCAUAAUGAUGGGGUGCAGUGACAUUAUAAUGAUGGGGUGCAGUUACAUAAUGAUGGGGUGCAGUGACAUCAUAAUGAUGGGGUGCAGUUACAUAAUGAUGGGGUGCAGUGACAAUGAUGAUGGGGUGCAGUGACAUCAUAAUGAUGGGGUGCAGUGACAUAAUCAUGGGGUGCAGUGACAUAAUGGUGGGGUGCAGUGACAUCAUAAUGAUGGGGUGCAGUGACAUCAUAAUGAUGGGGUGCAGUUACAUAAUGAUGGGGUGCAGUGACAAUGAUGAUGGGGUGCAGUGACAUCAUAAUGAUGGGGUGCAGUGACAUAAUCAUGGGGUGCAGUGACAUAAUGGUGGGGUGCAGUGACAUCAUAAUGAUGGGGUGCAGUGACAUCAUAAUGGGGUGCAGUGACAUCAUAAUGAUGGGGUGCAGUUACAUAAUGAUGGGGUGCAGUGACAAUGAUGAUGGGGUGCAGUGACAUCAUAAUGAUGGGGUGCAGUGACAUAAUGAUUGGGUGCAGUGACAUAAUCAUGGGGUGCAGUGACAUAAUGGUGGGGUGCAGUGACAUAAUGGUGGGGUGCAGUGACAUCAUAAUGAUGGGGUGCAGUGACAUCAUAAUGAUGGGGUGCAGUGACAUCAUAAUGAUGGGGUGCAGUGACAUCAUAAUGAUGGGGUGCAGUGACAUCAUAAUGAUGGGGUGCAGUGACAUCAUAAGUGUAAACUACCUGUUUAACACAGACAAUAAAGCGCUCCACAUUA